AUUAUGGUUGUUGAACAGAGCGAGCUGUGAAGUCUAGAGAGAGCAAAAGGCAUAAUAUCCGCGAAACCCUAAGUUUGUCUCCGGCGCCGGAGUGAGGAUUACUUGGCGACGUUAACAGUCAUGACCUCAUCCGGCACUGGAGUAAUAAUGGAUUAUGGGGACAUAAUAAAGGGAGACAAACUUGUGUUGAGGGGGCUGAAGUUCCAUGGGUUUCAUGGGGUGAAGCCAGAAGAAAGGAAGCUGGGUCAGAAGUUCCUUGUAGAUGUAGAUGCCUGGAUGGAUCUCCGAGCAGCUGGUAAAUCUGACCAAUUAUCAGAUACUAUCAGUUAUACUGAGAUAUACCGUGUGGUUAGAGAAGUUUUAGAGGGACCACCCCAUAACCUUCUCGAGUCAGUGGCUGAACUCAUCGCGUCGACGACUCUGACCAAGUACUCAUGUAUAUCUGCAGUUCGUGUGAAGGUUGGGAAGCCUCAUGUUGCCGUCCAUGGACCUGUUGAUUACCUUGGUGUCGAGAUUCUUAGAUACCAAAACAUCGAUGUACAAAACUGAGCUUUUAUGCAUCACCUUCUGUACAUUGCUUGUCUAAAAGUAUGUUACGUAACGAAUUUUGUUGUUGUUGUAGUAGUUAACCAUUGAAGUUCUUGUUUGGUAUAGCUGUAAAAGUUUGGAAUAUGAGAAUAGCCACUUUGGGGGCAACACGGUAAUGGCUUUUACUUGGCUA